UCCUCCUCCAGUCGGCCAGUCUCUACAAUAUAAAUAAAUAAAUAUCAGCACGGCCCCGCGGCCGCCAUUUAUCCCCCCUCCUCUUCUUCCUCCCUUUGGCUGCUGCAAUUUCUUUCCCACCCACCAACUCCUCCUCCGGUCCCCUCCCCCGAUUAUCUUACUAUCUUAGCAGCAGGAGGAGGUGGUGGUGGAGGAGGAGGAGGAGGACGAGGAGGCCUUUGCUCGCCGUGGUCAGCAGCGAAAGGGCGCGCUGCUAGUGGCCGCCGCGCCAGGGAAAUAGGGAAUAAUCAAUCGAAUCGGUCGCUGCAGUUGGGGUUCUCCAACAAAUUCGUCCUCCAUACCAUCAUCAAUUGGACCGGAAGAGGACCCGAAAGCAGAUUGGAUUGGAUUCCCUGAGAGAACCAAAGCAAUGGAUGUCAACGCUGCCUCCGCUUCUUCUUCUUCUUCUUCCUCAUCAUCGUCGUGCACCACCCCGGAGACAGAGGACCCGCAAUUCGACGACGGCCACCACGAGAGGGCGCCGCUCCUGCUGCCCACCAAGAUCAUGGACGCCGCCGACGAGAAGGGCGAGAGGCCCGAUCUCUCCGAGGAUACGGCCCACCAGAUUAGCGUUGAUCCCUGGUAUCAAGUUGGGUUCGUCCUCAUAACCGGGGUCAACAGCGCAUAUGUGCUAGGAUACUCUGGCUCUGUUAUGGUCCCUUUAGGCUGGAUUGCCGGGACAUGUGGCCUCCUCCUAGCUGCCGCCAUAUCCAUGUAUGCUAAUGCGCUUCUUGCACGACUCCAUGAAGUUGGUGGCAAACGCCAUAUCAGAUACAGAGAUCUUGCUGGGCACAUAUAUGGAAGAAAAAUUUAUGGACUUACAUGGGCUCUGCAAUACGUUAAUCUUUUCAUGAUCAACACAGGCUUCAUCAUCUUAGCUGGGCAAGCUCUGAAGGCAACAUAUGCACUCUUUAGGGAUGAUGGAGCUCUAAAGCUUCCUUACUGCAUUGCAAUAUCAGGAUUCGUCUGUGCUCUUUUUGCCUUUGGAAUUCCUUAUUUAUCUGCCCUCAGGGUUUGGUUGGGGUUCUCCACACUUUUCAGCCUCAUCUAUAUUGUCAUAGCGUUUGUGCUGUCACUGAGAGAUGGAAUGGCCGCGCCUGCAAGGGAUUAUAGUAUUCCCGGAUCACACGGAAUUCGAGUCUUCACUACAAUAGGUGCUGUAGCAGACCUUGUGUUUGCUUACAACACUGGAAUGCUGCCAGAAAUUCAAGCAACCAUAAGGCCUCCUGUGGUCAAGAACAUGGAAAAAGCUCUGUGGUUCCAGUUCACUGUUGGCUCGUUGCCUCUCUACGCUGUAACCUUUAUGGGUUACUGGGCUUAUGGUUCCUCAACAUCAAGUUAUCUACUGAACAACGUCAAGGGCCCAGUCUGGAUAAAAGCCGCUGCAAAUAUGUCGGCCUUUCUUCAGACCGUCAUAGCGUUACACAUAUUUGCGAGCCCAAUGUAUGAGUUUUUGGACACAAAGUACGGAAGUGGGCAUGGCGGUCCUUUUGCAUUCCACAACAUGGUGUUCAGAGUACUUGUCAGAGGAGGCUACCUGACGGUGAACACGCUGGUGGCAGCGGUGCUCCCGUUCCUUGGUGACUUCAUGAGCCUGACGGGCGCCCUCAGCACAUUCCCCCUGACGUUCGUUCUUGCAAAUCACAUGUACCUGAUGGUGAAGGGCCAUAAGUUGUCUGCCAUCCAGAAAUCCUGGCACUGGCUGAAUGUAAUUGGGUUCAGCGGAUUGGCUGUUGCAGCCGCGGUCGCGGCAAUAAGGCUUAUCAUGCUUGAUUCUAGCACCUACCACUUCUUCGCUGAUAUUUGAGGCCAGGUUUAGUUUCUCAAUCUGGUGGCGAUUUGGAGCAUUGCCUUGAUAGGUCAGUUGAAAGAUUUAAUUUUUGUUUCGUUUUGGGUGGGCUGGGGGAAGGUAUGAUAAUAGAAAAGGUGAAUUCAAGCAAUAAAAUGAAGACCACAGGUGCGCAUGCAGAUUUGGUUGUUCAGAUUCGGUAUGAUUUUGGGAGGCUACAUAUUGGAGAGAAUGUUUGGUGUGCAUUGCGCACGGAGAAGUGGAGAACUAUAUAUGUUGGUAUCCUGACGAACCAAGACACUGCAGAAAGAAUAAUGUAGGAGUAUGUAGUUCAUCAUAAUAAGUAGUAGUUGUAACUUCAGGCAUUAUUACAGGAUUAUUAGUUGAAAUGAAUGGUUAUGAUGUCAACGUACUAAUAGGGAGAAUUAAUGGACAGUUUGGUAUA